UGCGUGUUGCAGCUAGUUGAAGAAUUCUUUAACCUGAACAUUCCUCUGCUGGGCGUCUCUCUUAAACAGACAGUGUGUUUGUUCCAGAUCGUGACCAUGCCGGAGUACCUGGGUCGUCGGUUCGGAGGGGAGAGGAUCAGAACCUACCUGUCUGUUCUCUCUCUGAUGCUGUCUGUCUUCACCAAGAUAUCAACAGACCUGUACUCAGGGGCGUUGUUUGUCCAGGUGUGUUUAGGAUGGAACCUGUACCUGUCUACCGUCCUCAUGCUGGUGGUCACUGCACUCUACACUAUAGCAGGUGGUCUGGCUGCUGUCAUCUAUACAGACACUCUGCAGACCUUCGUCAUGAUUAUAGGAGCAAUCAUCCUCACCAUCACAGCGUUCAACAAGAUUGGAGGCUACAGUAACUUGGAGAGAGUUUACCAGGCAGCCAUCCCUUCUAAGAUCAUUCCCAACAGUAGCUGUCACCUGCCCAGAGAGGACGCCAUGCACCUGUUUAGACACCCGGUUACUGGAGACCUGCCCUGGCCUGGCAUGACCCUGGGACUGACUAUACUGGCUACCUGGUACUGGUGUACUGACCAGGUCAUCGUUCAGAGGUCCCUGUCAGCUAAGAACCUGUCUCAUGCCAAAGGAGCUUCUAUCCUGGCGUCCUACCUCAAGAUGUUACCCUUCAUAUUCAUCAUACUUCCAGGCAUGAUCAGCAGAGCUCUGUACCCAGACUCGGUGGGGUGUGUGGACCCAGAGGAGUGUGUGAGGGUGUGUGGAGCGGAGGUGGGCUGCUCCAACAUCGCCUUCCCAAAACUGGUCAUCGAACUCAUGCCCAGCGGUCUGCGGGGGCUGAUGAUAGCAGUGAUGAUGGCGGCCCUGAUGUCAUCGUUGACCUCUAUCUUUAACUCCUCCUCCACGCUCUUCACCAUGGACAUCUGGAAGAAGUACUGGCGGCUGAUGAUUCCAUCGUGA